UGUUGGUUGCCUAACAAUACACAUUUUUAGCAGUAUUAUUUUCUUUUCUUUUGUAAAUUAAUUUAGUUCUACCCACUAGUUAUUUACUUUCUUAUUUCCAAUCUUCACCUUAGCAUUACCUUGACUUCUCACCUCGCAUUACCUUGACUUCUUCUUCUUGUUCUAAAAAUUUGACUAUAAUUUUUGGCUAAUAUUCCACAACAUGAAUGGAAUUACGUAUAAUUAUUUGCUAAAAUUAUGGUAGUAGGAUAGUACGAAAAAUUUCCUAGUCAAUAGAAACCGAUUUUACCUGAUAAGAGUUCUUCAUUUAUUUACAAAAAUGUUCAAAUCUCGACUACUUACAAAAACCUUAGGAAUACAAAUUUGGAAAAGUUCUUGUGUAUCACAAGAUGUUACGAAGGUUACCAUUUGUUGUUUUGCUACAAAAUGCCCCAACAAAAGAAAAAUAUAUACAUUGGAAGAAGCUGUGAAGGAUAUACCUAGUGGAUCUACAUUACUUAUUGGAGGUUUUGGCCUCUGUGGUAUACCAGAAAAUAUUAUAGCUGCUUUAUUAAAACAUGAAUCUAGGGAUUACACAGUUGUGUCAAAUAAUGCAGGGACAGAUAAAUUUGGAUUAGGUUUACUGUUGAAGCAAAAAAAAAUCAAGAGAAUGAUAUCAUCUUAUGUGGGUGAAAAUGCAGAAUUUGAGAAACAAUUUUUACAAGGAGAAUUAGAAGUAGAGCUCACGCCACAGGGUACUUUAGCUGAAAGAGUUAGAGCAGGUGGAGCAGGUAUUCCGGCUUUUUAUACUCCCACAGCUUAUGGAACUCUCGUACAUGAGGGUGGAGCCCCUAUUAAAUAUGACCAAAAUGGUAAAGUAGAAUUAGCUAGCAAACAGAAAGAAUCUCAAAUGUUCAAUGGAAAACCUUAUAUCAUGGAAGAAGCCAUUACUGGUGAUUUUGCGCUUAUCAAGGCGUGGAAGGCAGAUCCUGUAGGAAACCUUUUAUUUAGAAAGUCUGCUAGAAAUUUCAACCAUCCUAUGGCGAAGGCUGCAAAAACAACAAUAGUCGAAGUAGAAGAAAUAGUAGAGUUGGGAGAAAUUCAACCAGAUGAAGUUCAUUUACCAGGUAUAUAUGUUGACAGAAUUAUACAAGGAGAAAAAUAUGAGAAGAGAAUAGAAAAAGUAACUGUUCAAAAAAAGGCGAGUAGUACAGAUUCUGUAAUAAAGAAAAAUCCGGCAGCAGCUAACAGAGAAAGGAUAGCACGGAGGGCUGCACUGGAGUUUAAAGACGGAAUGUAUGUUAAUCUAGGUAUAGGUAUGCCAAUGUUGGCCUCCAAUUACAUUCCUCCAAAUGUAGAAGUAUUCCUACAAUCAGAAAAUGGAAUCUUAGGUCUUGGUCCCUUCCCAGAUCCUUGUGAAGUCGAUCCAGAUCUUAUUAACGCUGGAAAAGAAACUGUUACAGUGGUACCUGGUGCAUCUUUCUUUGGCAGUGAUGAAAGUUUUGCAAUGAUCAGAGGGGGGCACAUCGAUUUGACUAUUCUAGGAGCAAUGGAAGUUUCACAGUAUGGAGAUCUUGCAAAUUGGAUGAUCCCUGGGAAGUUGGUAAAAGGUAUGGGAGGUGCAAUGGAUUUAGUAUCUGCUCCUGGAAGUAAAGUUAUCAUUUGUAUGGAACAUUGUGCCAAAGAUGGAGGGCACAAAAUAUUAGAAAAUUGUACAUUACCUCUCACUGGUAAGCAAGUAGUAGACAUGAUUAUUACAGAAAAAGCAGUGUUUACAGUAGAUCGUGAAGCUGGACUGAAACUCAUUGAAAUUGCUGAAGGUGUUGGUGUAGAAGAUAUUUUGGCUUCCACAGGUUGUAACUUUGAGGUAGCUGAACAUCUUAAGCCAAUGGGUCAAAUAGCACAGUGAUAAAGUUGUAUUUAAAAUUAUAUGUUUAUACUGUUUUACAAAUUACCUUGAAUAAACUUUUACUAUUGUUAA